AUGCUGCUCCCUGCCCUUCUCUUUGGGAUGCUAUGGGCUCUGAGUAAUGGGCGGUGGUGUGAGCAGAUAGAGACCAUCCAUGUGGAAGAGGAAGUAACUCCUCGUCAGGAAGACCUGGUACCCUGCACCAGUUUGUAUCAUUAUAUCCGCCUAGGCUGGCGUCUGGACCUGCCCUGGAGUGGCCAUGUGGGGCUUACCAGGCCCCCAGCACUUGGGCUCUGUGCUAUCUACAAACCCCCAGAAACCCGGCCUGCGACUUGGAACCGAACAGUGAGGGCUUGCUGUCCAGGAUGGGGCGGUCCUUACUGUACUGAUGCCCUUGCUGAAGCCAGCCCUAAAGACCUCUGCUUUGUCACACGGCAGUGCCAACCUCUAGCGGGCUCAGCUAAUUCUUCAGCAGGAAGCCUGGAAGAAUGCUGUGCCCAACCCUGGGGACACAGCUGGUGGGACAGCAGCUCCCAGAUGUGCCUCAGCUGUUCUGGUCAGCACCGCCCAGGCAAUACUUCCUCUGAAGCCCCCCUGCAGCCCCUGACAGCAGCUGUAGCCCAGCUCUGGAGCCAGCGACAGCGUCUCUCGGCUAUCUGUUCCACCUGGUCUGGCUUCCACUACCAAACCUUUGACGGGCGUCACUACCACUUCCUGGGCCAAUGUACCUACUUGCUAGCUGGUGCUGUGGACUCCACCUGGGCUGUGCACCUCCGGCCUAGGGUCCACUGUCCCCAGCCUAGGUCCUGCUGGCUGGUUCGAGUGAUGAUGGGUUCUGAGGAGGUGUUGAUCCAAGAUGGAGAGGUCUCUGUGAAGGGGCAACCGGUGCCUGACGGGGAGCCUCGACUUCUUCAUGGGAUGAGCCUGCAGUGGCAGGGAGACUGGCUGGUGCUCUCUGGAGGCCUUGGGGUUGUUGUGAGACUGGACAGGUCCAGUUCCAUCUCCAUUUCCGUGGACCACGAGUUCUGGGGACAGACACAGGGCCUCUGUGGGCUUUACAAUGGCCGGCCAGAGGAUGACUUUGUGGAGCCAGAAGGGGGACUGGCUAUGCUAGCUGCUACCUUUGGGAAUUCAUGGAGGCUCCCUGGCUAUGAGCCCGAGUGUCUGGAUGCAGUGGAGGUGGCCCAGGGCUGUGAGGGCAUCCUGCAAGGUACACAUACAGGCUUGGAAACGGGCAAGCUUCAAGCUCAAGCCCAGGAUAUAUGCCACCAAUUGCUGGAGGGUCCGUUCUGGCAAUGCCAUGUCCAGGUUCCCCCGGAUGAGUACCAUGAGACCUGCCUCUUUGCCUACUGUGCUGGAGUCAGAGCAGGCAGUGACCCAGAGGAGCGGCAGGAAGCUGUUUGUGCCACCUUUGCCAACUAUGCCCAGGCCUGUGCCAGACAGCACAUCUAUGUGCACUGGAGGAAGCCUGGCUUCUGUGAACGCCUGUGUCCAGGGGGGCAGCUCUAUUCUGAUUGUGUCUCAUCCUGCCCACCCAGCUGCUCAGCAGUAGCCCAAGGAGAGGAGGGUUCUUGUGGGAAAGAGUGUGUGAGUGGCUGUGAGUGCCCGGCCGGCCUCUUUUGGGAUGGUACCCACUGUGUGCCUGCUGCCCACUGCCCCUGCUACCACCGGCGCCAGCGCUACGCCCCUGGUGACACUGUGAACCAGCAGUGCAACCCUUGCGUAUGCCAGGAUGGCCGCUGGCACUGUGCCCAGGCCCUGUGCCCUGCUGAGUGUGCAGUGGGCGGUGACGGGCAUUACUUCACUUUUGAUGGGCGGAGCUUCUCCUUCCGGGGCAAUGCAGGCUGCCACUACAGCUUGGUGCAGGACUCUGGAAAAGACCAGCUGCUGGUCGCGCUGGAGCAUGGGGCCUGUGACACUGGGAGCUGCCUCCACGCCCUCUCUGUCUUCCUGGGGAAUACCCAUAUUCAGCUCAGAUACUCAGGAGCUGUGCUGGUGGAUGGGCAGGAUGUAGGCUUGCCCUGGAUUGGUGCUGAGGGCUUCAAUGUUUCCCGUGCCUCCUCUGCUUUCUUGUUAUUGCGCUGGCCUGGGGCCUGGGUUCUCUGGGGAGUGGAUGAUCCUGCAGCCUACAUCACCCUGGAACCCCAUUAUGCCUACCAGGUACAGGGUCUGUGUGGCACCUUUACCUGGAAACAGCAGGAUGACUUCCUGACACCGACUGGAGACAUAGAGAUCAGUGUCACCGCCUUUGCUAGCAAGUUCCAAGUGUCAGGUGAUGAAAGGUGCCCCUCGAUGGAUAACACCCCACAGUUCUCCUGCAGCACUUACUCCCAGCGCCUCACUUUCGCAGAGGCAACCUGUGCCAUCUUGCAUGGCCCCACCUUUCAGGAGUGCCAUGGGCUAAUAGACAGAGAACCGUUCCGAUUGCGGUGCUUGGAGGCUGUGUGUGGCUGUGCCCCUGGCAGGAACUGUCUGUGCUCUGUGUUCUCUGCCUAUGCACGCCGCUGUGCCCAGGAGGGUGUCCUGCUGCACUGGAGAAAUGAGUCGCUGUGCCCUGUCCUGUGUCCUGGUGGGCAGGAAUACCAGGAGUGUGCCCCAGUAUGCGGUCACCAUUGUGGGGAGCCAGAAGAGUGUAAAGAGCUUGGCAGCUGUGUGGCUGGUUGUAAUUGUCCCCCGGGACUGCUGUGGGACCUCGAGGGUCAAUGUGUGCCUCCCAGCAUGUGCUCUUGUCAGCUUGGAGGCCGUCGUUACACCUUUGGUGACACUGCCGCCAAGAAAGACUGCAGCCACUGCAUCUGCCAGGAGAGGGGCCUCUGGAACUGCACAGCCCACCACUGCCCUCCACAGCAGACACUCUGCCCCCAGGAGCUCGUCUAUGCCCCUGGUGCCUGCCUUCUCACCUGUGACAGCCCCAGGGCCAACCAUUCCUGUCUGGCUGGAAGUACUGAUGGCUGUGUCUGUCCCCCUGGUACCGUGUUGCUGGAAAGGCACUGUGUGCCUCCAGAUCUGUGUCCAUGUCGUCACAAUGGACAGUGGUACCCACCCAAUGCUACUAUCCAGGAAGAUUGCAACAUUUGUGUGUGCCAGGGCCAACGGUGGCACUGUACAGGUCAGCGAUGCAGUGGAUGGUGCCAGGCAUCUGGUGCUCCCCACUACGUGACAUUCGAUGGGCUGGUCCUUACCUUUCCUGGGGCCUGCGAGUACCUGCUCGUGAGAGAGGCUAGUGGUCGCUUCAGUGUCUACAUCCAGAACCUGCCCUGUGGGGCCAGUGGCCUCACUUGCACCAAGGCAGUGACUGUGCGUCUGGACAGCAUGGUUGUGCACAUGCUUAGAGGCCAGGCAGUAACAGUGAAUGGAGUGGGUGUAAGGCUCCCCAAAGUCUAUACAGGCCCAGGACUGAGCCUGCACCAUGCUGGCCUCUUCCUGCUGUUGACAACACGCCUGGGUCUCACUCUGCUCUGGGAUGGAGGCACCCGGGUGCUGGUACGGCUGUCCCCCCACUUCCACAGCCGUGUGGCUGGGCUGUGCGGAAACUUCGAUGGUGAUGCCGGUAACGACCUGCAGAGCCGCCAAGGAGUUCUGGAGCCCACAGCAGAGCUUACUGCCCAUUCCUGGCGUCUCAAUCCCCUGUGCCCUGAGCCAGGAGACAUGCCGCACCCCUGUUCAGUGAACACCCACCGGGUGAACUGGGCUCAGGCCCGCUGUGGGGUGAUAUUGAAGCCAAUCUUUGCCUCAUGCCACACAGAGGUGCCCCCGCAACAGCACUAUGAGUGGUGUGUGUACGACGCCUGUGGCUGCGACACAGGGGGCGACUGUGAAUGCCUCUGCUCAGCCAUUGCCGCAUAUGCGCAUGAGUGUGCCCGGCACCGACACCAUGUGCGUUGGCGCAGCCAGGAACUCUGCCCCCUACAGUGUGAAGGUGGUCAGGUAUAUGAAGCCUGUGGCUCUACCUGUCCCCCCACCUGCCAUGACCAUCAUCCCGAGACCAGAUGGCACUGCCAGGCCAUCAGUUGUGUGGAGGGCUGCUUCUGCCCCGAGGGAACACUGCUUCAUGGAGGAGCCUGUGUGGACCUGGCUGCUUGUCCCUGUGAGUGGGGUGGCAGUUUCUUCCCACCGGGGACUGUGCUGCAAAAGGACUGUGGAAACUGCACAUGUCAGGAAAGUCAGUGGCAUUGUGGAGGUGAUGGUGUCCCCUGUGAGGAGAUGAAACCCGGCUGUGCAGAAGGAGAGGCUCCGUGCAGAGACAGUGGGAACUGUGUGCCACUUGAGUGGGUUUGUGAUAACCAGGAUGACUGUGGUGAUGGCUCAGAUGAGGAGGGCUGUGCCACCUCAAGCUGUGGGGAGGGACAGAUGUCUUGCCAAUCUGGCCACUGCCUACCCCUGGCCCUGCUCUGCGAUGGACGGGAUGACUGUGGAGAUGGCACAGAUGAGCAGAGGUGCCCGUGUCCGCUUGGCUCUCUGACCUGUGCUGAUGGUCGCUGCUUGCCACCCGCCCUGCUGUGUAAUGGCCAUCCUGACUGUCCGGAUGCUGCAGAUGAAGAGUCCUGUCUGGGGCAGGUGAGGUGCAUGUCUGGAGAGGUAUCUUGUGAUGAUGGUACUUGCAUCAGGACCAUGCAGCUGUGUGAUGGAGUUUGGGACUGCCCAGAUGGAACUGAUGAGGGACCAGGUCACUGCUCUCUGCCUUCUCUGCCUACACCCCCUGCUGGCACUUGGAAGAGCCCUUUCACCAGCUCUCUGAAUACAACACCAAGUCCUAUGGGUAGUGCCAUCCCUGUGUCCACCUGCGGCCUCUUUGAGUUCCAGUGCGGCAGCGGAGAAUGCACUCCUCAGGGCUGGCGCUGUGACCAGGAGGAAGACUGCACAGAUGGAAGUGAUGAGCUUGGCUGUGGUGGGCCCUGCAUGCUGUACCAGGUGCCCUGUGCCCACAGCCCACACUGUGUGUCUCCAGGACAGCUAUGUGAUGGUGUGCCACAGUGCCCCGAUGGUUCAGACGAGGACCCCGAAGCCUGCGAGAGGCUAUCGGUCCCAGGAGGCACAAACAGGACAGGGGUUCCCUGCCCAGAAUUCUCCUGCCCGAAUGGCACCUGCAUUGAUUUCCUGCUGGUUUGUGACGGGAGCCCAGACUGUGAGUUGUCAAAUGAAGCAGAGGCCUCCCUGGAUGAGCAGGAGUGUGGGGUCUGGGGCUCCUGGGGCCCGUGGAAGCCAUGCAGUCAGACCUGCGGGCCUGGAAUACAGGGUCGGAGUCGACGCUGCUCCCCUUCCCAACUCCCAGUGCUGCAGAACUGCCCAGGCCCGCAGCACCAGUCACAGGCCUGCUUCACUGAGGCCUGCCCAGUGAACGGUGAAUGGAGUUCUUGGUCUCCCUGGUCUCAGUGUUCCGAACCCUGUGGGGGCACCAUGACACGCCAUCGGCAGUGCCGUCCGCCCCAGAACGGGGGCCAGGACUGUGCCCUGCUGCCUGGGAGCCCUCGUAGUACCCACCAGGCCAAUCCCUGCCCCCAGGAGGGCUGCCCCAAUGCCACUUGCUUCGGGGAGUUGGUAUUCCAGCCCUGUGCCCCCUGCCCUCUGACGUGUGAUGAUAUUUCUGGUCAGACCAUGUGCUUGCCUGACAGGCCCUGCAACAGCCCAGGUUGCUGGUGCCCGGAAGGGCAGGUUCUGGGCACUGAGGGGCGGUGUGUGAGACCCAUGCAGUGUCCCUGCCUGGUGAAUGGUACCUGUUACUGGCCUGGGCAACGCAUCAAAAUGGAUUGCCAGAUAUGCUCCUGUCAGGAUGGGCGACCACAUCACUGCCGGCCCAAUCCAGAAUGUUCUGUGGAUUGUGGCUGGUCCUCCUGGUCCCCCUGGGCAGAAUGUGUGGGGUCCUGCAGCAGCCAGAGCCUCCAAUGGUCCUUCCGGAGCCCCAACAACCCGCGCCUCUCUGGUCGGGGUCGACGGUGCCGUGGCAUCCACCGCAAGGCCCGCAGGUGCCAGACAGAGCCCUGUGAGAGCUGUGAGCAGUGGGGCCUUGUGCACCAUAUUGGGGAACGCUGGCGCGGAGGCCCCUGCACGGUGUGUGAGUGUCUGCACAGGGGUGUCAUACGCUGCUCCCCCUAUUGCCCACUGGGCAGCUGCCCCCAGGGCUGGGUCCUGGUGAAGGGAACGGGAGAAUCGUGUUGUCACUGUGCACUGCCUGGAAAGAACCAGACAGUGGUCCCCAUGACCACUGCUACCCCUGCCCCCAACCCUCAGAUGGGAGCCCCCCUGGUCACCUAUGUUCUGCCUCCUCUGGGGGAUGCCUGCUACUCUCCCCUGGGCCUGGCCCAAUUGCCUAUGUGGGCAUCAUCCCAACACGUGGAGCACUCCACCUGGACUGCCAUGGGCGCUCCCACCAUAGGGCCUGGCCCUGGAGAGGAUGUUGAUGCUGAGUGGCAUGCCCAGCCUCUCUACCUGCAGCUGGACCUGCUGCAGCCUCGGAACCUAACUGGCAUCAUGCUGCAGGGGGUUGACUCUUCUGCCGCUUCUGUCAGCAGCUUGUCCCUCCAGUUCAGCAGUGAUGGCCUACAGUGGCAUGACUAUCUCAACUCCCUGCCUAAUACCGUGCCUCCACCCACGCAUUCAUCCAGGAGCCCAAGCCAUAUGGUCCCUGAGGUGUGGACAUUCGACCAGAUGGUACAGGCGAGGUACAUCAGGGUGUGGCCCCAUGAUGCACACCACAGCGACAACAACCAGCGCGAUGUCUUCCUGUGGGUGGAGCUGCUGGGCUUGUCCCCACUGGCACCCCCAUGUCCAGGGAGCAGGCACCGCUGUGCCAGUGGGGAAUGUGUCCCAAAGGGAGGGCCAUGUGUCAGCGCCGUGGACUGCAGAGACGGCUCUGAGGAGGAGGGCUGUGGGCCCCUUCAUGCAGGCACCAGCAGCAGAGUCCAUUCCACAGCCAGGACCCCAGGCCUCUCCUCCACUCAGCCUGGAAAGUUUCCAUCGCAGACCGGGGAGGGUCUGGCAGACACGGAGAACCAGCAGCCCAAGCAGGAAUCAUCCAUGCCUACUGGAGGUAUCCAAUGUCCUCUCGGUCCCAUUCGCGCUUCUGAGCCACCUCUGCCUGUUUCAGGGCAAGUCGUGCAGACGGUCACCACCUUCUCCACAUUCCCUUCUGGCGCCAAGAGCCUGCACCCAGAAAUGGCAGCUGUGACGGUGCUUCCCCCCCAGUCAGUGGCUCCAGCAGCUCCUGUUGGCCAACGUGUCACCCCCAGGCCCUUCCCACCCAUGCGGUGUGGCCCUGGGCAGGUGCCCUGUGAUGUGCUGGGCUGUGUGGAGCAGAAGCAGUUGUGUGAUGGAAGGGAGGACUGUCUCGAUGGCUCCGAUGAGCAGCACUGCGCAAGUGCUGGUCCCUUCACCGUGCCUACCACUGCCCUCCCUGGGUUGCCAGCCUCAACGGUCCUCUGCUCCCCGAGUCAGCUGAGCUGCGGCAGUGGGGAGUGCCUGCCUCGUGAGCAGCGCUGUGACCUUCAGCCCAACUGCCAGGAUGGCUCUGAUGAAGACAACUGUGUGGACUGUGUGUUGGCACCAUGGUCUGGCUGGAGUGAUUGCAGCCACAGCUGUGGCCUGGGCCUCAUCUUCCAGCGCCGGGAGCUGCUGAGACCUCCCCUGCCUGGAGGCAGCUGUCUGUUGGACCAGCUCCGUAGCCAACCCUGCUUUGUGCAAGCCUGCCCAGUGGCUGGGGCAUGGACAGAGUGGGGGCCCUGGGAGCCCUGUAGUGUCUCCUGUGGAGGUGGCCACCAGAGUCGCCAGAGGAGCUGUGUGGACCCCCCACCCAAGAAUGGUGGUGCCCCCUGCCCUGGGCCUUCCCAUGAGAGGGCACCCUGCAACUUGCAGCUCUGCCCAGGUGACACAGACUGUGGGCCAGGCCGUGUACACAUGAAUGCUGAGCUGUGCCAGAAGGGGCUCGUACCCCCAUGUCCACCCACCUGCAUGGACCCCAAAGCCAACAGAAGCUGCAGUGGGCACUGUAUGGAAGGAUGCCGCUGCCCUCCUGGGCUUUUUCUCCAAGACUCUCACUGCCUGCCCCUCUCUGAAUGCCCCUGUCUGGUGGGCCAAAGCCUGAGACAGCCUGGGUUGACCUUCCUGCUGGACAACUGUAGUGAAUGCACGUGUGAGGAAGGGGUACUACUGUGUAAGCCAGGAAACUGCUCCCAGUCCUGCGGCUGGUCGGCCUGGUCCCCCUGGACACCUUGUGAUCGCUCCUGUGGCUCUGGAGUGAGGGCCAGGUUCAGGUCCCCCUCCAACCCUCCCGUGGCAUUUGGAGGUACCCCGUGUGAAGGUGACAGGCGGGAACUGCAGGCCUGCUACACAGAGUGUGGGACAGAGAUACCAGGUUGGACACCCUGGACGUCCUGGUCCUCCUGCUCCCAAAGCUGCCUUGUCCCUGGGAGUGACCCUGGUUGGCGGCAGCGUUCUCGGCUGUGCCCCAGCUCCAGGGACACAUUCUGCCCAGGAGAGACCACCCAGGAGACGCCCUGCAUCUCCCCUGCGUGCCCAGUGCCAAGUGCCUGGGGUUUAUGGGCCCCCUGGUCCACCUGCUCAGCCUCCUGUAAUGGUGGCGUCCAGACGCGUGGGCGCAGCUGCUCAAGCUUGGCUCCUGGGAAUCCUGUGUGCCCAGGACCCCACACUCAGACCAGAGACUGCAAUACACAUCCUUGCACAGCCCAGUGCCCAGGAAACAUGGUAUUCCGCUCAGCAGAACAGUGCCACAAGGAGGGGGGUCCAUGCCCUCAGCUGUGCCUGGCACAGGACCCUGGAGUAGAGUGCACUGGCUCCUGUGCCCCUAGCUGCAACUGCCCCCCUGGCCUUUUCCUGCACAAUGCUAGCUGCCUGCCCCGCAGCCAAUGCCCCUGCCAGCUGCACGGGCAACUGUAUGCACCAGGAUCCAUAGCUCGCCUGGGCUGCAACAACUGCACCUGCGUCUCUGGUGAAAUGGUGUGCACCUCAGAGCUCUGUCCAGUUGCCUGUGGCUGGAGCCCCUGGACUCCGUGGACUCUCUGCAGCCAAAGCUGUAAUGUGGGCGUUCGACGGCGCUUCAGAGCAGGCACCGCGCCUCCAGCUGCCUUUGGGGGUGCCGAGUGCCAAGGUCCCAACAUAGAUGCUGAAUUCUGCAGUUUGAGGCCGUGCCGAGGUCCCGGUGCAGAAUGGAGUUCCUGGACUCCGUGCUCGGUGCCCUGUGGUGGUGGCUACAGGAACCGCACUCAAGGCAGUGGCCCACACAGCCCCGUUGAGUUCUCUACCUGCAGCCCGCAGCCCUGUACAGGAUCAACGCCAGGUGUGUGCCCUAAGGGCCAGCAAUGGCUAGACUGUGCCCAGGGCCCAGCCUCCUGUGCCCACCUCAGCACCCCUAGAGAGACCAAUCAGACUUGCCAGCCAGGCUGCUACUGCCUUCCUGGAAUGCUCCUGCUAAAUAAUGUGUGUGUGCCUGCCCAGGACUGCCCCUGUACCCACAGGGGGCGCCUUCAUCCCCCAGGCAGUGCAGUGGUUCAUCCCUGUGAGAACUGCUCCUGUAUCUCCGGGAUCAUCACCAACUGCAGCUCCUGGCCUUGUGAGGAAGGUCAGCCUGCGUGGUCACCGUGGACCCCAUGGAGUAUGUGUUCAGCCUCCUGCAGUCCUGCCCGACGCCACCGGCACCGCUUCUGUAUCAAACCCCCUAGUAUGGCACCCUUCACCCUGGCUCUCCUGCCCACAGUGACCCCCACAGCCCUCUGCCCAGGCUCUGAGUCUGAGGAAGAGCCAUGCGUCCUGCCGGGAUGUGACCAAGCAGGCAAAUGGAGUCCUUGGGGACCCUGGUCUGGCUGUAGUAGGAGCUGUGGAGGAGGCCUGCGGAGCCGGACCCGAGCCUGUAACCAGCCACCGCCCCAGGGCCUAGGGGAUUUCUGUGAAGGACCUCAGGCCCAGGGGGAGGCCUGCCAGGCUCAGCCAUGCCCAGUGACCAACUGCAGCACCAUUGAAGGGGCAGAGUACAGCCCCUGUGGCCCUCCCUGUCCCCGCUCCUGUGAUGACCUUGUGCACUGUGUGUGGCACUGCCAGCCAGGCUGUUACUGUCCUCUGGGUAAGGUACUCAGUGCGGACGGGACCAUCUGCGUGCAACCCAGUCACUGCAGCUGCCUGGACCUGCUGACAGGGAAGCGCCACCAUCCGGGCACUCGGCUGGCAAGGCCUGAUGGCUGUAACCACUGCACCUGCAUGGAGGGGAGGCUUAACUGCACAAACCUGCCCUGCCAAGUGCCUGGAGGCUGGUGCCCAUGGUCGGAGUGGACAGCAUGCUCCCAGCCCUGCAGGGGCCAAACAAGGACCCGCUCUAGAGCCUGCAUCUGCCCUGCUCCCCAGCAUGGGGGUGCUCCAUGCCCUGAGGAGGCAGGGAAGACAGGAAUGCAGCAUCAAAGGGAGGCCUGCCCUAAUCCUGCUGCUUGCCCAGCGGAUGGAGCUUGGAGCCCUUGGGGGCCAUGGUCUCCCUGUGACGCAUGCCUGGGGCGGUCACUUCGAAACCGGGUGUGCAGCCAUCCUCCCACCUCUGAUGGAGGCAGGCCUUGUCCUGGGGGGCACCAGCAGAGUCGCCCUUGUCGAGACAGCUCCACCCUGUGCACAGACUGUGGAGGAGGCCAGGAGCUCUUACCCUGUGGGCAGCCCUGUCCUCACUCCUGCCAGGACCUGUCCCUUGGCAGUACGUGCCUGCCAGGCUCAGCAGGCUGCCAGUCUGGCUGUGGGUGUCCCCCGGGUCAGCUCUCCCAGGAUGGGCUGUGUGUGCUCCCCGCUGACUGUCACUGCCACUUUCAGCCUAGGGCCAUGGGGAUCCCUGAGAACCAGAGCCGGUCAGUGGGGUCCACGCUCAGUUCCUGGGAGAGCCUAGAACCUGGAGAAGUAGUAACUGGGCCCUGUGACAAUUGCACCUGUGUGGCAGGCAUCCUGCAGUGUCAUGAGGUGCCCAGCUGCCCUGGUCCUGGGACGUGGAGCUCCUGGGGACCCUGGGAGAAAUGUAGUGUCUCCUGUGGGGGAGGGGAGCAGCUCCGCUCUAGGCACUGUGCUCGACCCCCAUGCCCUGGGCUGGCUCGACAGAGCCGGACUUGUCACAACCAGGUCUGCAGAGGCUGCCCAGCGGGCCGACUCUACCGUGAAUGCCAGCCCAGCGAUGGGUGCCCCUUCUCUUGUGCUCACAUCACGAGCCAGGUGGCCUGCUUCUCUGAGAACUGUGAGGAGGGGUGCCACUGUCCUGAGGGCACCUUUCACCAUCGCUUGGCCUGUGUCCAGGAAUGCCCCUGUGUGCUGACAGUCUUGCUGCUGCAGGAACUGGGGGUGGCCAGUACUGCCCCUGGGACCUACCCAACCCUCCUGGGAGGUGAGGGCCAGCCCCUUGCACCUGGAGAUGAGCUGUACCCAGGCCAGAUGCUUCAAACAGUCUGUGGAAAUUGCUCCUGUGUCCAUGGGAAGCUGUCUUGCUCAAUGGAAGAAUGUUCCAGGGUCAAUGACAACUUUGGUCCCUGGAGCCCGUGGAGCCCGUGCUCUCGUCCCUGUGGUGGGCUGGGGACUCGCACCCGAACCCGCCAAUGUGUGCGUCCCACACUUGUUCCUGGCGGACUGAGUUGCCAUGGGCCCCUUCAGGACCUAGAGUACUGCUUCAGCCCGGAAUGCCCUGGGACUGCAGGGCCCACGGUGGAGCCAGUGACAGACCUUGCAGGCGGUUGGGGCCCAUGGUCGCCAUGGUCUCCCUGUUCCCGCAGCUGCACAGACCCUGCUCGCCCUACUUUGCGCAGCCGCACACGCCUCUGCUUGGGCAACUGUACCAUGGGGGACUCCUUACAGGAACGUCCCUGCAACCUACCCUCGUGUACAGCUCUGCCCCUGUGCCGUGGCCCUGGGUGUGGGUCAGGGAACUGUUCCUGGACAUCUUGGGCCCUAUGGGAGCCUUGCUCCCGCAGCUGUGGGGUGGGCCAGCAGCGCCGCCUACGAGCCUAUCAUCCCCCUGGGCCUGGUGGAUACUGGUGCCCUGACAUCCUGACUGCAUACCAGGAGCGCCGCUUCUGCAACCUGCAUGCCUGCCCAGUGCCUGGGGGCUGGUCCCGCUGGAGUCCCUGGUCCUGGUGUGAUCGCAGCUGUGGAGGGGGCCGAUCCCUGAGAAGCAGAAGCUGCUCAAGCCCACCACCCAAGAAUGGGGGAGCAUCCUGUGUCGGGGAGAGGCACCACGUCCGGUCCUGCAAUUCCAUGCCUUGUGAGGAAGGCUGUCCAGCAGGGAUGGCGAUAGUGAGCUGUGCCAACCGCUGCCCCCACAGCUGCUCAGACCUGCAGGAGGGAGUUGCAUGUAAGGAGGAUCAGUCCUGCCAGCCGGGCUGUCGCUGCCCUGAAGGGUUUCUGGAGCAGGAUGGUGGUUGUGUGCCAAUUGGACACUGUGAAUGCACGGAUGCCCAGGGCCACAGCUGGGCCCCAGGGAGCCAGCAUCAGGAUGCCUGCAACAACUGCUCCUGUCAGGCUGGGCAACUCUCUUGCACUGCUCAGCUCUGUCCACCUCCUGCCCACUGUGCCUGGAGUCACUGGUCUGCCUGGAGUCCCUGCAGCCACUCAUGUGGACCUCGAGGGCAGCAGAGUCGCUUCAGGUCCUCCACAUCAGGCUCAUGGGCCCUGGAGUGUCAAAAGGAGCAGUCCCAGAGCCAGUCUUGCCCUGAGACCUCCUGCCCACCCCUGUGCCUACAUGAAGCCCACCCUCGUGCUCUGGGGGACAGCUGGCUACAGGGAGAGUGCCAGCAGUGUUCCUGCACCCCAGAGGGAGUGAUCUGCAGAGACACUGAGUGUGCAGUACCUGGGGGCUGGACGUCGUGGUCCUCCUGGUCCCUCUGCUCUGUCUCCUGUGGCGAUGGAAGCCAGGUCCGCACUCGAUCCUGCAUAGUGUCAGCUCCUCAGCCUGGGAGCCUGCCUUGCCAAGGCCCAGAUACCCAGACCCAGCAUUGUGGGCAGCAGCUGUGUCUACAGCUGCUAGAGACCUGCUCCUGGGGACCGUGGGGACCCUGUUCCCGUAGCUGUGGCACAGGCCUGGCCUCCCGCUCUGGAUCCUGCCCCUGCUUACUGACCAAGGAGGAGUCCAUGUGUAAUGACACAUUCUCACGCCUGGACACUCAGGCCUGCUACCCAGGGCCCUGUCAGGAGGAAUGCAUAUGGAGUGACUGGAGCAGCUGGACACGCUGCUCCUGUAAGGUCCUGGUGCAGCAGCGUUACCGACACCAGGGGCCAGCACCUGGCAGGACUGUUGGGGGUGCCCCUUGCACACGUCUGGACGGCCACUUCCGGCCAUGUACCAUUGGUAACUGCUCAGAGGACAGUUGCCCACCUCCCUUCGAGUUCCAGCCUUGUGGCUCCCCCUGUGCAGGGCUCUGUGCCACACAUCGGAGCCAUCAGCUCUGCCAGGACUUGCCGCCUUGCCAGCCUGGCUGCUACUGCCCCAAGGGUCUGCUGGAGCAGGCUGGGGGCUGCAUUCUCCCAGAGCAGUGUAACUGCUGGCAUACUUCAGACGAGGGAGCUAGGGUGACCCUGGCUCCUGGGGACCGCCUGCAGUUAGGCUGUAAGGAAUGUGAAUGCCAAAGUGGAGAGCUGCAGUGCUCCAGCCAAGGGUGUGAAGGUCUUCUGCCUCUGACUGGAUGGUCAGAGUGGUCACCUUGUGGGCCCUGCCUGCCCCAGAGUGUCCUGGCCCCUGCCUCCAAGACUGCCCUGGAGGGGCACUCGCAUUUGAACACAUCAGGCCUACCUCCAACCUCAAUCACUCUGCUGGCUUCAGAGCAAUACCGGCACCGCCUUUGCUUGGACCCUGAGACGGGCAGGCCCUGGGCAGGAGACCCUGCGCUUUGCACUGUGCCCCUCACCCAGCAACGCCUCUGCCCUGACCCUGGAGCCUGCAAUGACACUUGCCAAUGGGCUCCUUGGGAGCCUUGGAGCCCCUGCCAAGUGCCCUGCAGUGGAGGAGUUAAACUGCGUUGGAGAGAGGCAAGAGAUACCUCUGGAGGAGACUGCCGUGAGCCAUGGGCUCAAACAGAAAGCUGCAAUAUAGGAUCUUGCCCAGGGGAGAGCUGUGAGACCCGGGACACCGUGUUUACCCUUGGCUGUGCCAACCAGUGCCCUCGCAGUUGUGCUGACCUCUGGGACGGUGUCCAGUGUCUACAGGGACCCUGCAGCCCAGGCUGCCGAUGUCCGCCUGGUCAAUUGGUGCAGGAUGGACACUGUGUGCCCAUCUCGUCUUGCCGCUGUGGCCUGCCCAGUGCCAACGGCUCAUGGGAGCUGGCCCCCAUGCAGGUGGUCCAGCUGGACUGCCGUAACUGCACAUGUAUUAAUGGGUCACUCGUGUGUCCAUACCUCGAGUGUCCAGUCCUAGGACCUUGGUCAGCCUGGAGCAAGUGCUCAGCUGUCUGUGGUGGGGGCACCAUGGUGCGCCACAGGAGCUGUGAGAAGCGUCCUGAGGGUGUACCAUGCCAGACCCUGGACAUGCAGCAAUGGCGAGAGUGUAACCUGCAGGCCUGCCCUGAGUGUCCGCCUGGCCAGGUGCUCAGUACCUGUGCCACUUGCCCGAGCCUCUGCUCCCACCUGCAGCCUGGAACCAUCUGUGUGCGGGAACCCUGCCAGCUUGGCUGUAGUUGUCCUGGGGGGCAGCUGCUACACAACGGCACAUGCCUUGCCCCUGCUGCCUGCCCCUGCUCUCAGCUCUCCCUGCCCUGGGGCCUCACCCUACCCUUGGAAGAGCAGGCCCAGGAGCUGCCCCCAGGGACUGUGCUCACCAGGAACUGCACAAAAUGCACCUGUCAAGGCGGAGCCUUCAUCUGUUCCCUCAUCGACUGUCAGGGCUGCCCUCCUGGGGAAAUAUGGCAGCACGUGGCCCCAGGGGAGCUGGGCCCUUGCGAAAAGACAUGCCCAGAAAUGAACACAACACUGGCUGGGAGCAACUGCACUGAGGCACAGGCUCCAGGCUGUGUGUGUCAGCAGGGCCACUUCCGCAGCCAGACAGGUGCCUGCGUCCCAGAAGACCACUGCGAAUGCUGGCACCAUGGGAGUCCCCACUUGCCUGGAUCUGAAUGGCAGGAGGCCUGUGAGAGCUGCCACUGCCUCCAUGGGAAAAGCAUCUGCACUCGACACUGCCCAGGCCUCACCUGUGCUCAGGGUGAAGUGAUGGUACAGAAGCCAGGGAGCUGUUGUCCCAUCUGUCAGCAGGACACUCUGGGUGUGCAGGAGGAAGAACCAGCCUCCUGCCAGUUGCUCACAGAGCUCAGAAACUUCACCAAGGGUCCCUGUCACCUGGAUCAGGUAGAAGUGAGCUACUGUAGUGGAUACUGCAGGUCCAGCACUGACGUCAUGACUGAGGAACCCUACCUGCAGAGCCAGUGCGACUGCUGUAGCUACCGUCUAGAUCCUGACAGCCCUGUGAGGAUCCUGAAUCUUCACUGCCCGGCCGGCCACACAGAGCCGGUGGUAUUGCCAAUGAUUCACAGCUGCCAGUGCAGUGCCUGCCAGGGUGGUGAUUUCUCCAAGCACUGACAGGCUCCACUGGAUGCACCCACAGCC